GGUAUAUGAUUCAGUUUCUGGGUCCUAGAGACUCAACGCGUGUCAUUGAUCGGGCUCGAAGUGACGAGUAUCUGUUGAGGAGAUAUCUCCUAUGGUGACGUUGAGUGCUGCUCAUUGAUCUAUUAAUGCAUCGAUCUUCCUCCUCAGAGUCUUCUUGUCAGAAUUUCUUCGGCUGUCAAUUUAAGUAUUCUCUUUUCACACUCGCUCGAACCCUGCAAAGUCAAUCGCUCAAAAGAUUCGUUCAAGAUGCAUUUCUCUUACGCCGCCGCCGCCGUCCUUGCUGCUGUUCCAAGCAGCGUCAACGGCUACAUCGCUGCUCGUGCUCACCCCACGGGGAUGAUUGCUCACAUGCAGUGGGACAACAAAACCGGGACUGCUUGGCACAACAAAACCGAGACUGCUUGGGUCACCGAGACUGUGACUGCCUACAAGACGUACUGCCCGUCCGCCACGAAGUUCACGAAAGGCACAAAGACUUAUACGGCCACUCAGCAAACCUGGGUCACAGUCACCGACUGCCCGAACAAGUGCACCAUCUCUUACCAGCCUGCCAAGCCAAGCAUCGUUCCCGUCGAAUCUGCUCCAGCUAAGAACGGCACCGCGCCUCAGCUCUCAACCACCCCUACCAAGCCUAUCCCGGUCCCAGCAGCACCAGCCUGCAAUUGCCCACAGGCCAACGCCACUGGUAGCACUUGCGAGUGCCCAUCUACCGGACCUACUGGCUCUACUGGUUCGACUGGCUCUGGCUCUACUGGCUCUGGCUCUACCGGUUCUGCCGGUUCUGCCGGUUCUACUGGCUCUACCGGCUCGACUGGCUCUACUGGCUCUGGUUCUACCGGUUCUACCGGUUCUAACGGCUCUAACGGCCCGACUGGCUCUGACUCAACCGGCGGUCCGACUGGAAACCAAGGUAACACCCAAGCCCAGACCACCAGCGCAGGUGCCAAGCUCUCCGCCAGCCUCUCCUGCCUCGCCAUGGCUGCCAUCUGCUUCUUCGUCUUGUAAGCAGGUAUCGGUAAUGGUUGAAAUGUUCGCUAUGACUGCUGGGUUGUGUGGACACAAGGAAGUCUCGGGUGAGGAGAUGGGUGCAUUGAAUGACGAGCAUGUUGGCGUCAUGAUCUAAAAGUUUUCUGUGUUUCGAUGGUCACUGCUGGUAUGAAGAAUCGAGUUUGGGGAGUUAUUUCAUUGGUGUGAUUGGUAUCGGGGACGAGGUCGGGACGUUAACAGAUAAUAAUAUUUAAUAAUUAAUAAUUUGUGGAUUGAGACUCUCGUCUGCCUCUGUGGACUUUUAUUGAUCUCAUGUAGGUGUGUUUUGC